AUGGGGAUAUGUUUUGAUAUAUCUACAGUCAAAGACAUCAUAGAAAUAAGCCCGAGAGCUUUGAAAAUUAUGCGCAAUCUUCAAUUUCUCUGGAUCUACAACACAAGAAGGGACACAAAUAUUAGAGUUCACGUACCAGAGAACAUAGAUUUUCCACCUCGUCUGAAGUUACUACAUUGGGAGGAAUAUCCAGGAAAGUGUCUUCCUCAUACACUUAGGCCAGAACAUCUAGUGGAACUCAAUUUAGAAAAUAGCAAGCUCAAGCAUUUGUGGGAAGGAACCCAGCCACUUGGAAAUCUCAAGAAGCUGACUUUGACAUCAUCGUUUAAUUUGGAGAAACUCCCGGAUCUUGCAAAUGCUACAAAUCUUGAGAUUUUGGAUGUGAAUUAUUGCGAGAAUUUGGUAGAGAUUCAUUCCUCUGUUGGAAAUCUUCAUAAACUAGAGAAGUUGCAGAUGGAUCGAUGUAGAAACUUACAAGUUGUUCCGACUCUCUCCAACUUGGCAUCUCUUCAAAGAGUAUCGAUAGCGGGAUGCGAACAAUUGAGGAAGCUUCCAGAUAUUUCUACGACUAUCACAGAUCUCCGAAUAGUAGACACGAUGUUAGAAGAAUUUACUGCAUCAAUUAGGCUCUGUUCUCGUCUCAAGAGUCUCUAUAUAAUUGGUAGUGCCAUUCCACAUUCCAAUCAGAACAUCUGGCUAUACUUUCCUCCCAUAUUCCUGGGGAAGAUGAACAGUACAGAGAGAUAUUGUUCGAAUUCAGCAGCUCAUCCCAGGUCAUCGAAAUUAUUGAAUGUGGUGUCCUGA